CCCCCCUCCACCCCUAUACUUAUAUAUAUAUAAGAAUUAAAGAGAGAGAGUAAAGAUUUUAAGAAGUAGCAGAGACUGAGCGAGAGGGGGGAGUGGUAGUGGGCGUGGGCGUAGGCCUGGGUGUGGGCGAUUUUUGGUGGGGUGAAGCAUGCAAGCGGGAUGCGGGUUUUGCGUUUGGCGCUGGCACAUCACGUCUUUAACCUUACGGCUUUCCGUGCUCUGACGACAUCCUGGCUGGACAAAUCAGUGGUCAUCAAUUGCAAACCACCCCACUGCAAGCUGCGUUUCCAAUCAUCAUCGACCUCCUCGUCAGCUCGCCCCUCCUGUUGCUCAGUGGCAUCCACGUACGAUUUGUAUUUCGUCUCCAGUGACAAAUACCGUUUCGAGUCUCGCUACAACACUUCCCCCUCUCAAUCCGUUUAUGCUCUCUCCACGACUCUUCAUCAACACUGGCCGUCACCUCUUCCGUCAAGCUUCGCCCCGCAAUCAACAAUUCAUACAAACUUUUGCAACUGCGUCACGAAUCAUGGCACAAGAAUACAAGCUCAAAGGCCUCAGCAGCCUCGACUUGAAGCCGGGCGAGAAGAGAGAGGUGGAGGUUAAUGGCAUUGAAGAGGGGAAAGUGCUGCUGUGCAAUGUUGGAGGAAAGGUGACGGCUUUGGGUAGUAAGUGCACCCAUUAUGGAGCUCCGUUGGUUAAGGGGAUUUUGACAGCUGACGGAAGAAUCACCUGCCCCUGGCACGGCGCCUGCUUCAACGCAAAGAACGGAGACAUCGAAAACGCCCCUGCUCUCGACUCCAUCCCCUCUUUCCAACUGUCCGAAAAGAACGGCGCGGUGUAUAUCACAGGCGAGCAACAAAGCAUCAAGGGUAGUCGAAGAAAGCCCAACAUCAAGAUUUCAGGUAUCAGUGGUUCAGAGAAGGUUGUGAUUGUUGGAGGUGGCAGCGGAGCAUUGGGCACACUCGAAGCUCUGCGAGAGAACGGAUACAAGGGAUCAAUUACUUUGAUUAGCAGUGAAGGUUACAACCCAAUUGAUCGCACCAAGCUUUCAAAAGCACUUAUCGACGACGCAUCAAAAAUCGCUCUCCGCGACGAUGCUUGGUUCAAAGAGGGGAAUGUUGAUUUUGUGUCUGAUGAGGUUACUGGCAUUGACUUCUCUGCCAAGAAGGUUUCAACAAAGGCUGGCAGUUUUUUCCCGUACACCAAGUUGGUUUUGGCAACAGGUGGAACACCCAAGUCUCUCCCUCUUCCCGGCUUCAAGGAACUCGGCAAUAUCUUCCUUCUUCGAACUGUCCCUCACGUGAAGGCCAUCCUGGCUGCUAUCGGAGUCAAGAACAAGAAAAUUGUGAUUAUUGGAAGCUCUUUCAUUGGAAUGGAAGUUGCAAAUGCUGUUGCAAAAGACAACGAUGUUACUGUCGUCGGCAUGGAAAAGGCUCCCUUGGAACGUGUUAUGGGCGAAGAAGUUGGCAAGAUCUUCCAAAAAUUAUUAGAAAAGAAUGGCGUCAAGUUCAAGCUCAGCGCUGGAGUGGAGAAGGCCGUUGCCUCCAAAUUCGACUCGUCCAAAGUGGGAGCUAUUGAGCUCAAGGGUGGCGAGAGCCUACCAGCUGACUUAGUUAUCCUCGGAACCGGUGUCGGACCAGCUACCCUGUUCUUGAAGGAGAACAAGACAGUCGAGCUCCAAAAGGAUGGAUCUCUCAAGACGGACGGACACUUCGCUAUCUCCGGAUUGAAAGAUGUCUACGCGAUCGGCGAUAUUGCAACUUACCCCUACUAUGGGCCAGGUGGCGAAGGAGCGCUCACCCGCAUCGAGCAUUGGAAUGUCGCACAAAACGCCGGCCGCUCAGUGGCAGCAAACAUCAUCGACCCCUCUGCUGCCCCCAAACCAUUCAUUCCAAUUUUCUGGUCGGCGCUCGGCUCACAACUCCGCUACUGCGGCAACACGCCCAAUGGUUGGGACGACCUGGUGUUGAAGGGCCAGCCCGAGGAGGCGAAGUUCGUAGCUUAUUAUUGUAAAGGGCAGACUGUGGUUGCAGUUGCAACUAUGCAGGUUGAUCCUGUGAUGUCGCAAGCGAGUGAGUUGAUGCGGAGCGGGAAGAUGCCGAGUAAGAGUGAGAUUGAGAAGGGUUUGGAUAUUUUGACCAUCAGUUGAGGAUUACGGUCUCCUCUGUAGAGGGGGCCGGGUUCUUUUAUUUGGCGUCUUGGGAAACAAGCAAAAUAAAAGACCCUGCGGAGGCCUUUAUGGCAAUUCUUGCAAUAUUCUGACUCCAAAUUCGAAGUUCCAGUUUUAUAUAUAUCCGUGUGCC